ACUUAAAGCAAAUGAUUAGUUUUGGAAGGAUGGUCUAUAACAUUGAAUCAAUUACGGGACGCGGUUUGUGAGACCAUUACAGUCGGAUCGGGAGGGAGGGCGAGCGAGAGGGAAAGAGCGCGGCUGAGCAGGGAAAGUCACAAAAGACGUGGACAUAUUUUGGAUGUUUUACAAUCUGCAGGAUUGGGGCUGCGGAUUGUAAAGGAGAAGUUGUUGGCAGCUAUGGGUACUUACCCACAGACGUUCCUGAUACUGGGAUGUUUUCUCACAGGACCAUUCCUAACAUUUUGCCAGCUUCCUCUGCCAACUAUUGUUCCCAAUAGGAACGAAAUGGUGGUACAGCUGUAUUCCAAUUUCACACUCAAAUGCUCUGGAGACAGUGAAGUGAGCUGGCAGUACCCAGUGACCGAGGGAAACCACAGGAUAGACAUUAGACACGAAGAGAACAACAGUGGCCUCUUCGUGACAGUGCUGGAAGUGGGAAAUGCCUCGGCCGCCCAUACGGGCCUGUAUGUUUGCUAUUACAACCACACACAAGUGGAGGAUGGGGAGGUGGAAGGCAAGGACAUCUACAUCUAUGUGCCUGACCCAGACAUGCCUUUUGUUCCAUCCAUACCAGAAGACCAGUUCAUCCUGGUAGAAGAAGGUGAUCCUGCAGUUAUCCCUUGUCGGACAAGUGACCCAGAAGCUCAAGUGACUUUAGUUAACAGUUUAGACAAGUCUGUGCACGCUUUGUAUGACACCAAACAAGGCUUCAUAGGGAAUUUCCCCGCGGGCUCAUACACGUGCAAAACAAUGGUUAAAGGUGUGGAGUUCAAGUCUGAUGAGUUCCUCAUCUAUAUUAUAAGAGCUACUUCACAGCUGCCUGUUGAAAUUGAAGCUCUCAAAACUGUCUACAAAACAGGCGAGACCAUCGUAGUAACUUGUGUGGUCUUUGACAAUGAGGUGGUUAAUUUACAGUGGAAUUAUCCAGACUGGCUGAAAGAAAAAGGUCUGAUAAAACUUGAUGAUAUCAAGGUGCCAUCACAGAAGCUGGUUUACACCUUGACCAUUCCUGAGGCAUCAGUGAAAGACACAGGGGAUUAUGAAUGCACUGCUCGGCAUGCAACCAAGGAGGUUAAGGAAAAUAAGAAAGUAGCUAUUACAGUUCAUGACAAAGGCUUUGUUCACCUGGAGCCUCAGUUCAGCCCUCUGGAAGCUGUCAACCUGCAUGAAGUAAAAAACUUUGUUGUUGAUGUGCAGGCUUACCCAGCCCCAAAAAUGUAUUGGUUGAAGGAUAACGUGACUCUGAUUGAAAAUCUUACAGAGAUUGUUACUACUUCAGGAAGAGUCCAGGAAACGAGGUUUCAGAGCAUUUUAAAAUUGAUACGGGCCAAGGAGGAAGACAGUGGAUACUAUACUUUGGUUGCUGAAAAUGAGGAUGAGAUUAAAAGAUACACCUUCUCAUUGCUCAUACAAGUUCCAGCUCUGAUCUCAGCCCUCGUGGAUGAUCACCAUGGCUCUGCAGGUGGGCAGACAGUGAGAUGCUUGGCAGAGGGGACCCCACUUCCUGAUGUGGAAUGGCUGGUUUGCAAGGACAUUAAAAAGUGCAACAAUGACACCUCAUGGACCCUUUUGACUAACAACAUCUCUGAUAUACACAUGGAAGCCCACCUGGAUGAGAAAAAUAUGGUGGAAAGCCAGGUGACUUUCCAGAAGGUAGAGGAAACCCUGGCUGUGCGAUGUGUGGCAAGGAACGACCUCGGUGCCGUUACUCGAGAACUGAAGCUUGUGGCUCCCACCUUGAGAUCAGAGCUAACUGUAGCUGCUGCUGUCUUAGUGCUGUUAGUGAUUGUGAUAAUUUCACUUAUUGUCCUGGUCAUCAUAUGGAAACAGAAGCCCAGGUAUGAGAUUAGAUGGAGAGUCAUCGAGUCUAUCAGCCCUGAUGGCCACGAGUACAUUUAUGUGGACCCAAUGCAGCUGCCUUAUGACUCCAGAUGGGAGUUUCCUCGAGAUGGGUUAGUGCUUGGUCGGAUCCUUGGUUCGGGUGCCUUUGGAAAAGUAGUUGAAGGAACUGCAUAUGGAUUGAGUCGCUCUCAACCGGUGAUGAAAGUAGCUGUGAAAAUGCUGAAACCUACAGCUAGAUCCAGUGAAAAACAGGCACUCAUGUCUGAACUGAAGAUAAUGACACAUCUUGGCCCUCACCUGAAUAUUGUGAAUCUGCUUGGAGCUUGUACAAAAUCAGGUCCUAUUUACAUCAUUACUGAAUACUGUUUUUAUGGUGAUUUGGUGAACUACCUGCAUAAGAACAGGGACAAUUUCCUGAACCGACACCCUGAAAAGCCUAAAAAGGAUUUGGAUAUCUUUGGGAUGAACCCCGCUGAUGAAAGCACAAGAAGUUAUGUGAUACUGUCAUUUGAAAACACUGGAGAAUACAUGGACAUGAAACAAGCUGAUACCACUCAGUAUGUGCCAAUGCUGGAAAGGAAGGAGGGCUCUAAAUACUCUGAUAUUCAGAGAUCUGUGUAUGAUCGGCCUGCUUCAUACAAGAAGAAAUCCAUGUCAGAAUCCGAAGUCAAAAACCUUCUUUCAGAUGACAGUUCAGAGGGCCUCAGCCUACUGGAUUUGCUGAGCUUCACCUACCAGGUUGCACGAGGAAUGGAAUUCUUGGCUUCUAAAAAUUGUGUGCACCGUGACUUGGCUGCUCGUAAUGUCCUCCUGGCUCAAGGAAAAAUUGUGAAGAUCUGUGACUUUGGGCUGGCUAGAGACAUCAUGCAUGAUUCCAACUAUGUCUCCAAGGGCAGUACUUUCCUCCCAGUAAAAUGGAUGGCACCUGAAAGUAUUUUUGACAAUCUGUACACAACAUUAAGCGAUGUCUGGUCUUAUGGCAUUCUGCUGUGGGAAAUAUUUUCUCUUGGUGGCACACCAUACCCUGGCAUGAUGGUUGAUUCUACUUUCUACAAUAAGAUCAAGAGUGGAUACCGAAUGGCCAAACCCGAUCAUGCCACCAAUGAAGUGUAUGAGAUUAUGGUGAAGUGCUGGAACAGUGAACCAGAGAAAAGACCUUCUUUUUACCAUUUGAGUGAAAUUGUGGAGAGCUUGUUGCCUGGGGAGUACAAAAAGAGCUAUGAGAAGAUUCAUCUGGACUUCCUGAAAAGUGAUCACCCAGCUGUCACACGCAUGAGAGGGGACUGUGACAAUGCUUACAUUGGUGUAACUUACAAGAAUGAAGACAAGCUAAAGGACCGGGAGAGUGGAUUUGAUGAGCAGAGGCUGAGUGCUGACAGUGGAUACAUCAUUCCCCUGCCUGACAUUGACCCUGUUUCUGAAGAUGAGCUUGGCAAAAGAAACAGACACAGUUCACAGACAUCUGAAGAAAGUGCCAUUGAGACUGGUUCCAGUAGCUCUACCUUCAUCAAGAGAGAGGACGAGACCAUUGAGGACAUUGACAUGAUGGACGACAUUGGGAUCGACUCCUCAGACCUGGUGGAGGACAGCUUCCUGUAACCCCUGGGACACCUGCCAGCUCUGCACACAGGGAGGCUUCCCGAGCUGUCUACAGACUUCUGCUCCACGGAGAAAACCACUUUAUUGCAACGUCGAGGAUGUGAAGAGGAGGUGGAUUUGUAGAAAGGAACUCCCAGAAAUGGGCAGAGGACUCAGCCCGAGUAUAAAUGAAAGAGACAUGUUGAAGACGGAUUUUUUUAGUGUUGCUUCUUGCAGUACUUCAGUAGCAUCUCAGUGUUGUUUGCCAUUCCAACUGGUAGGAGGAUGAAGGGAAAGCCACAAACAGACCAGUUUUGUGUUUCAAGGGCAUUCAUAUGACUUUGAUGGAUCAAUUUUCCACUGCAGCAAUACUUCUCCAUUGUAAUUAUGUAAAUAACUGUCUACUCAAGGAUCUUUUGAGGUGCACAUUGAACGUAUGCCACGGAUUUUAGAAGAGGUCAUUCAUGAAUUCUGUGUACUUGCUCCCUCAAUCUCAAUGUCAGCUGCUGUUGAACUAUCAUGUGAAUCGAAGAACAUGCAAAAACCACUUGGGGACCAAAAAGGUCUAAAACCACAAGGGACUGACUGGUACUAUAAAACAUGUUACUUUCUACCAUUAAUGCAAGUAAAGGGGAAUAAUAAUGAUAAUAAUAAUGAUAAUUAAAAUUCAGUCUAUAAUAGGUGUUAGAAGACUAGUAAGUCUUUAUUAACUAUAGAAGGUAGCUGUUUUCAAGAUAAUACUACUACUGUUUUCAGUAACACUAAAUGUAUAUUUUACAAUCCAUUGUCCUUCAGUAAAAGCACAGUAUCAAAACACUUCUUUAAGUGCAGGGGAGAAAUUUCCAGCCCAAAAAUUUGUAUAAUUUUUUUUCUUUUUUUUUUGAUCUACACAGAAUGGUAAUUGGUCUGGUUAGCUAAAACUACUUUAACAUGGAGAAAAAAUUUAAGAUUUUUUUCUUUCAUGAGCUGAGUAGCUUUUCUAAUCAGAUAUACUCCAAGCAAUUAGUUUUCCUCUGAUUACGUGAGGUCCUAAAAAUUUCAAUUAAAAAAAAAAAUGAUACCAGAUUUCCAAGAUGCUGGAGAAUGGAAAAUUAUGAUAAACCACCAGCAAUACCCCAUUAUUAGUGCUUCAUGGGUACUCAAAAGAAAUCUUGUCCUGAGGUUAGCUGCAAAGAAUUGAUUUGAUAUUUAAACUGUUCAAGAAACAAAGACAUUUCUCCUAGCCUGAAAUGCAAGUUCAAAUAAGCAGAAAUAAACAUACAGAAAAUAUUCCUGUCUCAGUUUUCCAGUUUAAACAGGAGCAGAACUCUCUACUAUCUUUGCAGACUCUAACUACAAAAGGCAAAUGCUUCUAGGAGUGUUUUUUGGAAGAAGGUGCAUGAAAAUGAGUCUGCUCUCAGUCUGCAAUUGUUGAUUUUUUGACACCACUUAUAUGAACAAAGUAUUUUGAUUACUGCUAUCACUGUACAACGUGUAAUUGAGAUAUGAUGCUUUGGAAGACUUACAUGUGAAAAAAAUUACAUCACAGCCAAGGGCUCCAUCCUUUCUGGCACUCAGCUUUCAAACUUAGCCUUAAUUCAGUGCAAUGAGCACCUCGUAGGAUAUGCCCAGC